AUAAUUUGAUGUAUAUCUUAAGGAAACGACGUACAAUUCUGUUUGAAUGUUAGUCGUGAUUUAUACCGUAUAGACAAUAGUUAUUCUCUUACACAUUUUGAGUCUGCAGCCGAAAUUUGACAGAUAUUGUUCUUAUGAUGAAAACGGAACAAAUGAAUUUUUUACGAGCGAUAUCAUGGAGUAAAAGAUGUGUAACACUGCAUCCUUCAAGCUGAUCUGUGUGACGUCUGUCAGUUACACAUACUACAUUGAAUUAGCAAGAAGACAUGUUGACAGUGUGACAAAUACGCAUCCGUCUUACUUAAACAGAUAAUGCAGCUAUAUCAGUUCUUUACGUAUUCCGUCUUCGCAAGAAUAACAACAAUGAUAGUAUCUGAACAAGGCGAAGCCGCCCAUGGUGCAGAUGAUGCAGAGGAAGAAUUCAAUACCCUGAAUCAGUCAACUACAGAGGAACCAAAUCGUACCUCACCGUGGAUGAUUUGCAACACAGUUGUAUCAGUGACAUUGGUACCUCACAAAGUAUAUGUCCAGGAAACAGGAUGACUGCCAUUACUUCUCAGUUAUCUUUCUAUAGCCCAGUACAGUGUCUGCCACCUUCAAUUGAUACCAGCAACUAUACAACAGAGAGUCACAACAGUACAGAAAUUUCACGUCUGCAGCUGCUUAUAGAUAAUAAAGAGGAGCUUUGUGAUCUAAACAUUGAUGUUAAUGCAGAAGGUGAUGAUUCUUCUACCCGCACAUCAUUAGUAAAUGCAACUGUUUGCGAUAGAAUGUCAUACGGAUUUAUAGUAAAUGAAAACAGUAUUGUUUCUGGAAUUGACUUAAAGCAAAGUAAUCAAUUAAUACAGGCUGAAAAACAAGGAGAAACAACUAUUUUGUACCCAGAAUCAAAAGAUAAAGAAUCAGAUGAAUCAGAAGAAACUGAUGGAUUAGAAGGCAUUCGGGACUCAGAAAAAUCUGUUAAAGACUCUUGCACUGUACAGUUGGAUUCAUCCCCUAAUUAUACUUAUACAAUUGAUGCUGAAAAAAUGGUGUCCUCACUCUGUAACUCUUCAAAUACAAAGGAAGAUUCUGUUGAAUUGCAAAGUGAAAAAACAGUCAAGAGAAAACACUGUGUUAUUUUACAAAAUGCAGGAUCAUGUGUUAACUUACAUGGCAACUGCAACUGCAACAAACCUGAAGGCUUCUUAGAGAAACCUGAUGAUGCUGGUUCCUUUGAAGCAGUUACUGAUGUUUCCAGUUCAGUUCCAACAGCAUCACUAGUUUUUAGUUCAACUGAUAAUUUUGUUCCAGAGAAUUAUAAAAUUACUAAACAGUGUUCGUCACCCAUGUUAUCAGAUUCUGGAUGUGCUGAAGAAGCGUCUUCUUUCAGUGUAGGAUCAAAAUGUGAAUCACUUACAUCAAACCCAUCAGGUGAUGUUCUGAAUGUCCCUAAUCAGUGUGACACUGUAUGCUUAAAUGAAUAUGGGCAGAAAAUAUCAGUGUCUUGCCAGACAGAACACAGUGAUGUGCAUAAUGAGUUACAGUAUACAGAAAAAAUAGCAAAAUUAAGUGAGGAAAUACUUCAGACACUCUCUUCUAUACCUCCUUCACCCACAGUUCAAGCAAUUGCUGAAAUAUGCCUAAGUAUGAAAAAUCGUGCUCGAGAGAAUAACGUAAAGGGCAAUAUCUCUGAAAAUGUUAUGAAUAACUUAGUCUUAUCUUUCUUGCACGUGGCAAGUAGUUGGAUGUUCCUGUCAUCUUGUAAUGGUUUAAAAAGUAUUGUUCACCUUUGUCAUCCUCCAUUGCACAUAAUUUUUAAUAAAUGGGAAGCUAACUCAUUAACACUUCUGGAUUAUAUGAUAAAUUUUAUAUCAGAGACUAGAAAGUGUGUGACAAAUAGCUGGAACAAACAAAUUUUGAAUGGUGUUUUUAAGCAGUCAGACGGUAACUGUAAUGUGUUUAGCAUGAUGCAUCAGUCAAAUUACAUGAAUCUUAAUCCGUCAACAAAUUUCAAUAGUACCACACCGGUUAAUCUCUCUACAGAAGGCACAAAAUUAUUUAAUGAGGAUCUUAAAUUACAUAACAAAUUUUUAUUUGAUUGCAGUGGUGCAGUUUCUAGUAACCCUGACAAUACCUUGGCAAGUGAAACACAGAGAGUUGAUACAUUUAAAUCUGAUUUAUUAAGUCAUUUCAGUGGUGACAAACAGAAGGAAAAUAAUUUAGGGGCUCCAACUUUCACUCGGGAACUACCACAAUUCAAUAGUAUUGCACAAAAUAAAACAGCUCACUCUUUGAAUCCAGAAACAUUAGAUGUUAUUAAAAAUGUAGAUUUUCAACUGCCUGGAUUAUUACCAAGUAAGGAACAAUCAGAAAAAAAUAACAUCAACUUACCUAAUGAAAUGUCAUCCAAUUCUGAUAAUAAAAGCUCAAAGUUUCAGACUAGUGACACUCCUAUUAAAAACUGGAGGAAUUUGAAUCAGCAAACUUUAGAAUCUUACUUACAAAUGCAAAGGCAACAAACUGCACCAGAUGACAUGUUGGGAAUGCUGCAUACGAAUACAGAAUCUUUAAAUGAGGCAGAACAAAAUUACUUUGCUGCAGAGGCAGCAGAAGGUUCAAGUUUGUGGAUAAAAAGUGCAAAUCAACAGCCCAUAGUUUUGCAUGGCAAUUCUGCACACUAUCCACACAACAAUAAUGGUUAUUAUUUGAAUGUACAUUUUCCUCAGACAAAUGACAUGUAUAAUGCGUCCUUCUUACCUAUUACAAAAAAACUUUCAAAUAACAGAAAAAAGUAUCACAGAUUCAGAUUCAGCACAGUAGCAAAUACAAAGUCAACUUCAUACAAUAGAAAUUAUAAUUUCAAAAAAUCAAAUGUUAGAGGCAACAAAGGUAAAACGUUUCCUGUUAGAAUUCCACUGGACUCAGAUAGUUCAGAUGAAAAUAAUGAAGCAGUUUAUAUGAAACCAGGAAGUUACGUUGUUCCUAUGAAACAUGUACAAGACUUGAGAGAUUUUAUUCCACAGUAUGCAAUAUCUCAAGUGGUUACUCCAAAAAAUGAAUCUAGUGUUGUUGGCAACAGAGAAAAUGCAAACAAUGACAGAAUAUGGAAGACAGCUUGUGCUUCAGCAGCUGUUUUUCUACAAAUGGUCCAAGAGAGGAACGGUUUUGAUGUCUCGUGUAAAAAUCAAAGUUUGUCAUCUGAUUUGAAAGAAAGUGGUGAGAAACCAAAGUUAUAUGACAGUUCUGAGAUACCAGCUACAGAGGUAACAAGUUCACUCAGUAUUUCAUCAAGCAGUGAUGAAAGAAAUGAGCUCCAAAUAAAGUCAGAAAAUCAUUCUGAUCUGCAAACACAAGGGAGCUGCGUAGUAUGCAAUGAUUCAAAUAUGGAAAACAACCAGACAACAGCGCAUUCAGCAGGAAGCACAUUUUCAGAACCAACUACAGAAGUAAAAACGCAGGAUGUUAAAGCAGAAUGUGAAGAAACCAUUCCCUUAGAUUCAAUGGACUCUGAACUGCACAGGCAAAGUAUCAGUACUGCACAUAGUGGUAUAUCUCAGCUACUGAAAGAUGCAAAAGAUCAUAGAGUACCAAGAAAAUCAUUUUGUAAGCAUGGAACACCUCAGUAUAACAACAGAUCCCUCUGCUAUAAGCAACAUGGUCUAAAUCAUGAUGAAAUUGCCAAACUAAAGUCAAUUCUGAACUGUAUUUGGAACAUGGAGGGAUCUGAUUUCAUUAAAUACCCUUACACAUCGGAAAAAGUAUCUGAAAAUGAAAAAUCUUCUGAUGGGUGUAUAAGUCUCCAGACAGUUGCCUACAAACUCCAGAAUCAUUUAUAUUCCUCCAUUGACCAAUUCGUAUAUGAUUUUCAUAGAAUAUUCCACAAGUCAAAAGAUAAUAAUAAGGAGGAUCAUCAGAGCAGUGAAGUAAGCUCGACGCUGUGUAAAAAAUUUGAUAAUCUCAUUGAAGAACAGUUCUGUGGCUUAAACUUCAAGUUUAUUUCUGGAUCAUAUUCGCAGAAUGCAGGUAUAUCAUGCACAAGAAAUAAUUUCCUUGAUCACCAUAAGAAACAUAAUAAAAAGAAUUCGUUUAAAGUUUCAAGCCCAAAAAAAUCUGAUGCGCCAAAUGUUGACACUACAGUUAAAUAAUAUGUAACAUGCUUUCAUUUUGUUGGUUUUUGUAAUCAUUGUAAAUGUGAGCAUUUUGUUGAUGUACUUAAAAAGUGAUAUAUUGUCCAGUAUAUUUCCAUCCACAUACAAGAAUUCUUUUAUGAAAGUGGAAAUAAAGUUCACAUCGAGCUAGAUAUUAUAAUUCCUCUUCAUAAAUGUUUCCAAAAUUAUGUAAGGCAUUAUGAUGUACCAUAUGUUUUCAUCUCCCACUGUUGUUUGAUUACAGCACUUAGGAAUUUGUUCAUAAUGUAAUGAAAUAUUCAGUGAUAAAUGUCCAAAUAUAUGUUAAGUAUUACAGAUUUUUAUUUAAACUAUGUAAGAAAAAAUGACUGAAUGCUUUAAUACAUAAAUAAAAUAAAUAUAUAAUACUAUGCAAAGGACUGUCAAUAUUACAAUUUAAAAACAUCUUUUCAUCCAGAUACAAGAUUUCAGCUACAAAAGUGGGAAUAAUGUUGACAUUGAGCUACAUAUACAAGUUUUAAUUGACCCAAAAUUAAGCAUUAUAAUGUCCCACAUGUUUACAACUUACUGUAUUGUUUGACUACUUAGUUAAAAAUAAUCUGUAAUCCAAUGUACAUUCAGUUAUAAAUGUCAAAAUGUAUGCUAUAUAUUAUACCUGUUCAUUCAAACUAUGCAAAAGAAAAUGAUUCAAUGUCAAACUGCUUACUUAAUAUCUAAUGCUAUGAGGGAAGGUACUGGCACCAUAAUUUUGACAAUAGUUCUAUAUUUUGUGAAAACUUAAAUUUAGUUUUCUAAACUUGUUUCACAAUGUGUUUGAUAUGUACAUAUUUUCAGUCAGUUGAAGUUACAGCUGUGAUUUAAGUUACACAUUUCACAAAUAGUUUUCCGGUUGUUUCAGUGUUGUCAAUCAUGUUAGUGUUUGAUUGUAUGGUUAAUGUAUUGAAGAUUUCUGAUAAAAAAAUUGAAAAUUACUUGUAAUUGAUAAAAAAUGAAAAUAUUUUUCAAUUUUUCACAGUCUAUAAUAAAUUGUAACUAAUUCUGAAUUUAAUUUGAGAGAUUUACACAUUACAUAAGACUGUAUAUCAAUAAAUGUGCAGUACUGCA